CUCCUGCUCAUGCUUUCUCCCCUCUUUUUAUCAUUGCUCGCCCUCUUAGAGUCUAGCAUUUGCAAGUAUAGCGCCUGAGUGGAGAAGAACAGAAGAAUACAAAGCACCAGGACGCAGUUUUUAACCAAUCAUAACUCUUCCUACAAGAGCUGCAGAUAAAAAGAUAAACAACAGGCUCUUCAAUGAUGUCAAGUAAACGUUCACUUGGCAAUGGUAACAUGUCAUCGGUUUCUUUAAUUUCACUUACCAUUCCUGUCUCUGAGCCCAACAACCACAAUAACAGAGUCUGCCGUGUAAAUAAUUAUUCUCCAGCUCUGAGUUUGGAGGAUCUCCUAUCGAGUGGAUCCAUUUCUCCAGUUUACAAUAAAGGAGGAAGGAUUUGGAAAACUAUCAGGGAAGCUCAGGACGCUUGCAUUUGGCUGAAAUCAGCAGGAUUUCCACAAUACGUCCAGCAGUUUGAAGGAGGGGAGUUUCCCAUCAACGUGACGGCUAUGCAGGUGGAAAAAGACCACCAGUUCCUUGACUUGCCCUCCAUUGAAGCACUAAUAAAGCGUUUGAAUGUUCUUAAUAGGUGUGCUGAUUUACUAGAGGAAGUCCUAUCGAAGGAUGAUGAUUCAGAUGAUGAUGACACAAUGAGGGCUCUUAGUGAGCAAUGGCAAUUUGAAAGAACUGACAAGCGUUGGUCGAGGAAAGGAAAGCACCCAAAGCGUACCUCUCCUUUAACGAUUAACAACACUCACUAUCCCUCUCCAGCUGCUUCAGUUGAUAUUAUUGAGCCUCCACUGAUGGUAUCAGAACUUAGUACCAGCCCCACAAGAACAACUAACAGGUCGAUAAAAACUUAUUCUUUCUGUGGCGACAAGGAGGGUGUGUCGAUUCAAAUAGUACCCCUCCCUUCAGUUUCGGAUGAAGACGAGACGAAACAAUCUGACGCAGGGUCAGAGAAAUUAGACCUGCUCAGUCCGAUGAAAGAAAGAGUGAGAGACAAAGAUGAAGACGACGAUGAAGGAAAAAUUGGAGAGUUGGGUAGGCUGGGUAGCUUUGCCUCGGGGAUGCUAAGCAUGUUUGACGACAGCAUGAGCAAGUUAAGACGACCGACCCUCAACAGCGACCUAUCUCGGUCCCUCCCGGACGUCUUCAGCUGUAGUACUCUACCAAGCAGCAACAAUGAAACCACACAGACCUGCCUAUCAGAUUUGACAGGGAGCGUUGACUCUAUACUGAAUCUCGAGAAAGGAGAGGAGGAGGAGUUUGAGGACUUGUUGGAGAGUCCCGCCGUUCAUUCUCGUGGCCCCAGUGAGACCUUGAUGUGUAACAGCAGUGGUACCUGGGGAGGGCCAUCUCCUGAAGCUUCUUACACUGAGGAAGAGGAGAAUGUUUGUGUUGAGGGAUCUCAUAAGCGCAUUGGACGACAGAGUACCUUUGAUUCUAAUGACUCCAGCUCUUACAUGGAGCAUGUUGAAGUGACUACUACUGGAACAUUGACAAGGAGCUCAAUAGUAUCAUCACCAACCCAACCGUCUUCAGCUAAGUCAAAAUGGCACAGUUUCAAGAGACAGCACAGUUUCAGGCAUGCUUUUAAGCCACUAAGAACGCUGAUACCAAUAGAGGAGUUAUCUGUGGGUCAGAUCAGUGUACUACGUAAAUUAUCACUUGUAAAGCUUACAGCACUUAUUGAACUUCACAAUGGAAAAGCCAACGUUUCAAGGAUAUUGAAGUCUAGGAGAAAUAAGAAUUAUUCUUUAAGAGCUAAUAGGAUCUUUGGUUCAUCAUUAUCCAGUAAUGUGAUAUAUUAUGGACAGGCACUUCCUCCAAUUAUACUACAAGCAAUGGAACACUUGAAAAAGACCGCCAUGGAAACAACAGGUAUCUUUAGAAGGACGGCUGCCAAAGCAAGAGUCGAACUACUCAAAGAACUGAUUGAGAAUAGCCCAGAUUUAAUCGAUUUUUCCGAAUACACCAGCUACGAGGUAGCCGAUCUCUUAAAACUCUAUUUCCGUGAGCUUCCCGAAUCACUGAUACCAGCAAAACUAUCAGAAGCAUUGCUGGUGUCUUAUGAAUGUAUCCCAAGUGCAGUGAGAUUACAGGCCCAACAAGCUGUAAUGUUGUUGCUGCCUGACGAGAACAGAGAAGCACUUCAAUGCAUGUUGAAACUGUUGGCAUACACAUCACAAUACUCCCAUACACACCAGAUGGAUGCACAGAAUCUCAGUCUCUGUCUCUCGCCCACUCUCUUCUCUCUCUCUGCCAUCGCUCGCCCCUCCCCCGUCAUCAGAAGAGGCUCCAUGAGACGUCCCAAUUCCGUUGUAUCCACCACCACUCCUCAGUCCCCCAGCCCACUAGGAGGAGGCGCAAGCAAAGAGCUCAACGAUCACAUUGUCUCGAGUCGCUGUCUUGCCGAACUGAUCCUAAAUCACGAGUCUCUCUUCAAAGUGGCAGCCGACAUGAUGCAACUCUGCAAGUUCAGUCACUUGGAGUUUGGCGACCCCGUCCCUUUCCAAGAGCUGGGCCUUGAUAAGAGUGGGGUCGGGGACUAUAGAUACUACAUAGAGAACUGCAUGAGUACUCUAGCCAAAGAGCAGAGAAGGCGAUACAGGGGAUGGGUCCACUGUGACCUCAUGAAAGGAGUCUCACUCGCUUACUGUAAGAUCGAGGAUGGAGUCCCUUUGCGUCUGUGGAGAGGAACUGUUGAAGUUCCAGCAUCCUCCGAAAUGGUGCUAAGAAAACUCUGGGAGGAAAGGUUUCUGUGGGAUGGUUCGGUCCUCAAAGGUCGUAGAGUCUCAAAACUUGACGAGAAUACCGAAAUAUUUCAAUACGUGACGUCAUCAAUGGCACCACUCAGUGACAGAGAUCACUGCAUCAUGAGGUCGUGGCGAUUUGAUCCAUCGAAUGAUUCAUAUGUUGUCAUAAGCACAUCAGUGUCUCAUCCUAGUGCUACUCUUCUCUCUGGGGUGAGGUGUACUGAGCUGGCUAUGAGGUACAUUAUAGAACCAGCUGGCAAUAAGAACUCGAUAUUAACACUCUUUUGUAGAGUUGAUAUGAGGGGAAGAUCUGCUGAUUACUAUAACCAUUUUUACGGCCGCUACUUGGCGUCAAGCAUAUACAAAUUACGAGAUUCUUUUAGAAGAUCGCUUGAAACUGAUUACAUAGAGACACCUGUAUAAUCCUAUAUCCCAACUCUCUCACUCUCUCUUCUCUUCUCUCUUUCUUGUCAUAUAAUAAUCUCCUGUAUAUCAAAGCUCAUUUUUGACACUAAAAUAUUAUAUACAUAUAUAUUAUAUUUCAUUAUUAUUACUAUUAUCCUAACUGUGAAAUAUAUUUCCUUUUUGCCAUCUUUA